AUGGGUUUCAUCCCUCCCUUUGACACUGCUAGCUGCAAUGAGGGGGAACUAGACGUCCGGGCAGCCCUAGCCUCCAUAUAUCCCGUCCAGGCCUGUAGCGCACUGCGCAACUCCAUCGUCCUCGAGACAGACGGAUGCCUUCGUAGCGCACUGCGCAACUCCAUCGUCUCUCGAGACAGACGGAUGUAUUGGUUUAUCCUUCCUUUGACACUUAAGGCAAGGCCGAGAAGGGGAACUAGACGUCCGGGCAGCCCUAGUUCUCCAUAUAUCCCGUCCAGGCCCGUAGCGCACCGCGCAACUCCAUUGUCACCCGAGACAGACGGAUGUAUUGGUUUAUCCUCUUCCUUGACACUCCUAGCAAGGCUGAGAGGGGAACCAGACGUCCGCAGCCCUAGUUCUCCAUAUAUCCCGUCCAGGCCUCAAUGCCGAGAGGAACUAGACGGGGAACUAGACGUCCGGGCAAGUUUUAGUUCCAUAUCCUGUCCAGGCCCAGAAGCACCGCGCAACCCAUCGUCGCCUGGAGACAGACGGAUAGCCUGUAGCGCACCGCGCAACUCCAUCGUCUCCGAGACAGACGGAUGCGCUGGUUUAUCCUUCCGGAACACUGCUAUAAGCCCCCAGAAGCACCGCGCAACUCCAUCGUCUCGAGACAGACGGAUGUAUUGGUUUAUCCCUCCUUUGACACUGCUAGGCAAUGCUGAGGGGGAACCAGACGUCAGGGGCAGCCUAGAUCUCCAUAUCCUGCACUGCGCAACUCCAUCGUCUCGAGACAGACGGAUGUAUUGGUUUAUCCUCUCCUUUGACACUGCUAGCAAGGCUGAGAGGGGAACAGACGUCCGGGCAGCCCUAGUCUCCAUAUAUCCUGUCCAGGCCUGUAGAGGCACUGCGCAACUCCAUCGUCUCGAGACAGACGGAUGUAUUGGUUUAUCCUCCUUGACACUGCUAACGGAUGUAUUGGUUUAUCCUUCCUUGGACACUGCUAGCAAGGCCGAGAGGGGAACUAAACGUCCGGGCAGCCCAGUUCUCCAUAUAUCCCGUCCAGGGCUCGUAGCGCACUGCGCGCAACCCAUCGUCUCUCGAGACAGACGGAUGCCCGUAGCGCAAUCGCGCAACUCCAUCAUCUCUCGAGACAGACGGAUGUAUUUGGUUUAUCCUCUCCUUGACACUGCUAGCAAGGCUGAGAGGGGAACGGACGUCCGGGCAGCCCUAGUUUCCAUAUAUCCCGUCAAAGGCCUGUCCGUAGCGGCGGGCGCAACCCAUCGUCACUCGAGACAGACGGACGUAUUGGGCUUAUCCCUCUCCUUUGACACUGCUAGCAAGGGGCUUCGAGAGGGGGAACUAGACGUCCGGGCAGCCCUAGCUCGUAGCGCACUGCGCAACUCCACGUCCCCCGAGACAGACGGAUGUAUUGGUUUAUCCUCCUUGACACUGCUAGCAAGGAGAGGGGGAACUAGACGUCCGGGAGCAGCCCUAGUUUCCAUAUAUCCUGUCCAGGCCCGUAGCGCACCGCGCAACUCCAUCGUCACCUCGAGACAGACGGAUGUAUUGACAGACGGAUGUAUUGGUUUAUCCCUCCUUUUGGAUACCGCUAGCAAAGGCCGAGAGAGGGGAACUAGACGUCCGGGCAGCCCUAGUUCUCCAUAUAUCCCGUCCAGGCUCGUAGCGCACCGCGCAACUCCAUCGUCUCUCGAGACAGACGGAUGUAUUGGUUUAUCCUCUCCUUGGACACUGCUAGCAAGGCCGAGGGGGAAUGACGUCCGGGCAGCCCUAGUUCUCCAUAUAUCCUGUCCAGGCCCGCUGGGUAGCGCACCGCGCAACUCCAUCGUCACCUCGAGACAGACGGAUGUAUUGGUUUAUCCUCUCCUUUGGACACUGCUAGCAAAGGCCGAGAGGGGAACUAGACGUCCGGGCAGCCCUAGUUCUCCAUAUAUCCUGUCCAGGCUCAGUAGCGCACUGGGCGCAAACUCCAUCGUCUCGAGACAGACGGAUGUAUUGGUUUAUCCCCUCUUUGGAACACUGCGCCAAAGGCCGAGAGGGGAACUAGACGUCCGGGCAGCCCUAGUUCCAUAUCCCGUCCAGGCCCGUAGCGCACCGCGGCAACUCCAUCGUCUCUCGAGAGACGGAUGUAUUGGUUUAUCCUCUCCUUGGACACUGCUAGCAAGGCCGAGAGGGGAACUAGACGUCCGGGCAGCCCUAGUUCUCCAUAUAUCCCGUCCAGGCCGUAGCGCACCGCGCAACUCCAUCGUCUCGAGACAGACGGAUGUAUUGGUUUAUCCCUUCCUUGGACAGCGUCAGGCGCUAGUUCUCAUAAGGCCGAGAGGGGAACCAGACGUCCGGGCAGACCCAGUUCUCCAUAUAUCCUGUCCAGGCUCGCUCGUAGCGCACCGCGCAAACUCCAUCGUCUCUCGAGACAGACGGAUGGUUGGUUUAUCUCUCCUUUGGACACUGCUAGCAAGGCUGAGAGGGGGGAAACUAGACGUCCGGCAGCCCUAG